CGCCUCCGCUGCUCAGCCCUGCACUAGGGGUCCUGCGCGCGGUCAGGCAGGGACGCGGCCGACUUCCUUCCUCUCCAUGCAAGAUGGCGGGGGGUGAGGCUGGUGUGACUUUAGGGCAGCCGCACCUUUCUCGGCAAGAUCUCGCCACUUUGGAUGUUUCCAAGUUGACGCCACUUUCACAUGAAGUUAUCAGCAGACAAGCCACAAUUAAUAUAGGUACAAUUGGUCACGUAGCUCAUGGGAAAUCUACAGUUGUAAAAGCUAUUUCUGGAGUCCACACUGUCCGUUUCAAAAAUGAACUGGAAAGAAAUAUUACAAUCAAACUUGGCUAUGCUAAUGCUAAGAUUUAUAAACUUGAUGACCCAAGUUGUCCUCGGCCAGAAUGUUAUAGAUCCUGUGGAAGUAGCACACCUGAUGAGUUUCCUACAGACAUUCCAGGGACCAAAGGGAACUUCAAAUUAGUCAGGCAUGUUUCCUUUGUUGACUGUCCUGGCCAUGAUAUUCUGAUGGCUACUAUGCUGAACGGUGCCGCAGUGAUGGAUGCCGCUCUUCUGUUGAUAGCUGGUAACGAGUCUUGUCCUCAGCCUCAGACAUCUGAACACUUGGCUGCUAUAGAAAUCAUGAAACUGAAGCAUAUUUUGAUCCUACAAAAUAAAAUUGAUUUGGUAAAAGAAAGCCAGGCUAAAGAACAGUAUGAACAGAUCCUUGCAUUUGUUCAAGGUACAGUAGCAGAAGGCGCUCCUAUUAUCCCAAUUUCUGCUCAGCUAAAAUACAAUAUUGAAGUUGUCUGUGAGUACAUAGUAAAGAAAAUUCCAGUACCCCCAAGAGACUUUACUUCAGAACCCAGACUUAUUGUUAUUAGAUCCUUUGAUGUCAACAAACCUGGCUGUGAAGUUGAUGACCUUAAGGGGGGUGUAGCUGGUGGUAGUAUUCUAAAAGGAGUAUUAAAGGUGGGCCAGGAGAUAGAAGUUCGACCUGGUAUUGUUUCCAAAGACAGUGAAGGAAAACUCAUGUGUAAACCUAUCUUUUCCAAAAUUGUAUCGCUUUUCGCAGAGCAUAAUGAUCUUCAGUAUGCUGCCCCAGGAGGUCUUAUUGGAGUUGGAACAAAAAUUGACCCCACUUUGUGCCGGGCUGACAGAAUGGUGGGGCAAGUACUUGGUGCGGUUGGAGCUUUACCUGAGAUCUUCACAGAAUUGGAAAUUUCCUAUUUCCUGCUUAGAAGGCUUCUAGGUGUUCGCACUGAAGGAGACAAGAAAGCAGCGAAAGUACAAAAGCUGUCUAAGAAUGAAGUGCUUAUGGUGAAUAUAGGAUCCCUGUCGACAGGAGGAAGAGUUAGUGCAGUCAAGGCUGAUUUGGGUAAAAUCGUCUUGACUAAUCCUGUGUGCACAGAAGUAGGAGAAAAAAUUGCACUUAGCCGAAGAGUUGAGAAACACUGGCGUGUAUUUUUAAAGGAAUGAUCUUGUUGUGUGUCUACUAAUAUUAUAAGAGGAUUCUGUCCAAAUGAAAUUUUAGACGUUGCUUAAAAAUAAGCAAGUAUGUUAAAAUUAUUAAAAGAAAUGAGAACGUCUGAAUGAUCCUUAUAUUCUUUAGAUUUGUUGUUUUUAACCCAUGCUUAGGUAAGUUCUGUUCUGGAACCUACAAUUUAGGUAGCAAUCUGUCCUGGCCAUUGACUAGAGCAGACAUUGAAACAGAGAUGGAGCAGAAAUCCCUCUGCUGUUGAGAGUAAUCUGUUUAUAGAUUAUCUACUCCUCUAGGUCAUCUCUUAAUUUCCUUUACCAGCUAAAGUCGUGAUAAAGCCAUUGUGACCUGUUGAAGUGCUGCGAAUGAUUUAAAAAAAUUUUUUUUUCAAAGAGGAAAAAAGAAUUUAAAAAAAUCAGACUGAAGUGGUUUGUAUGUCAGCGUGGUUCCUUGGGUGGACUGGAAUGUUCUUCAUUAGUGGUUCUGAAGGGGCAGGUGUAUUUGCGAAGUUGAGCAUGUUUAUAGUAGCAACUUUCUGUUUGCUUUUCCUGUCAGUCCUUCUGGCCAGAGCCCAUCUCUGGGUCUAUGAAGAUAGUGUGAGCUUUCUUUCUGGAGGGGCAGGUUUUGGAAACAUUCCAUUUGAGCAGAUAGGCAAGUAAAACUAGUUGUGUCAUGUGAUUAUGUGGUAAUGAUAAUGAAGCUGAUAUAAAAUUCAUGAUUUCUUUUAUUUUCAUUUUGCAGUUUAAUUGGUUGGGGUCAAAUAAGAAGAGGAGUGACAAUCAAGCCAACAGUAGAUGAUGACUGAAGAAUUAAA